CCAAAUCACACCCGACCCAUAACCCCUAAAGUCCCCGACCCACCCAACCAGUCCACGCGCACCGUCUUCCUUCCUCGUUUUACUUUCUCAAGGCCGGCAAAGUGGGCAGCAGCAACCUUCAAGUUAAACCAAGAGGACUGAUAUUCCAACGCAGCGGUGGAAAAAAAAAAAAAAAAGCAUCUGCAACGAUGGCCGGGAGGACUAGUGCAGAGGAAGCUAUUGCGAACCUCUCCUUACCCGACCGCGGCACCCCCAUUCCUUCCGGCGAUCAAACCGUCUGGGCCGACGUCUCGCCCCUCCUCGACGCCGCCUGUGAAGAUCUUCAAGAUGGUAUGCUCAUUAACGGAGAUAAUUUCAAUCUUUUUGCUGCCAUGUCUGCUUUAGAGAUAAUGGACCCGAAGAUGGAUGCUGGUAUGGUCUGUAAAUAUUACUCUGUUGAUGAAGCAAUUGAUGAUGGUGCUGCUCCUGUUCCUAUUAGCUUUGAUAAAACGGUUGACGUUCAACGUACUAUUGAUAUCAUGGAUCAUCUUCUAGCCUGUGAGGCAACAUGGCACAAGGGUCAUUCAUUGGCACAAACUGUCUUCUCGUGCAUCUAUCUUCUCAGGCUUGAUAGGACAUCCUCACAUGCCUUACUGCAUUCUUAUUGCAGAGUCAUACGAGCAACCUGCAAGGCUGUCAUUUCAGUUGUCUCAGAUGCACGCACUCAUGAAGAAGAAGACCUUCUUACAAUGACAUAUGGUCUUCCUUUGAAUGGGGAUGGAGAUGAAAAGUGCUUGUCAAUGCUACAUGCUGUUGAAGAAACAAUUUCCCGCCAAUUACGUGCCUGUAAAGCACCAUCAUCAAAAACCCGAGUGUUAGAAGACUUGGUGUCACAACAAAAUAAUCCUGAAUUGGAGGAAGGCUACUGCAAAGCUUUGUUAUGCCGCUUACGCUUUCGUAAGCAUUUUUACCAUGUCCUUGUAUCUAUGAAGCGGCCUCAAGGAAGAGGAUUGGAGUUGGCAAGAAAACAUAUAGCGUCCUGCAUAUCUGAAUUAGAAUGCAUUCUUAGCUCUUCAGAGUUCCUUAGAUCUAGUACUUUUGGAAGUCAAGAAGGCAACUUAGAAGAUAAAACUACAGCUUCUGGCUGUGAACCAAUUGGCUUUGAUGCUAGUUUAAACUGUAGAUUAUCUGCACCUACACCACCACGUGCAAUAAAAAUUCUGAGUUGGAAAAAGGCUGUUGAAUACUUUAUUAAACUUCUUCGUGAUCUCGAUGUUAUAUGUUCCUACCAAUUAGACACAUCAUUAGAAAGUGUUUUGCACUUUGUGGUUGAGUUUCAAAAAUCACAGCCUGAUUUAGUAGCAAGGGCUCAUCUUCAGCAUCUGCUGGUUCAAGACGGGAAACUCUAUGGUCGGGAUCCUGUCUUUGCUGUUAUUAUCCGAGCUGCUGCUUUGCCAGAUAAUACAAGGAACCAUGAUAUUCAGAAACAGGAAUCUAUCAUUCAACUGGGACAGUUAGUAAUCAGUUUGCUAAAAGUUUUAUGCACAAAUGGUGCAUGGCAACGGCGUAAGCUUGGAAAGAUUUUACAAGAUUGGCGUGUUGUUUAUAUGCAGUUAGAGAUGGCAUUUAGAAAGGAGUUUGGAGACGAUGCAAACACAUCAAAUGAUGAGAAUAUCAGCGUGAAACUCUUCCAACACAUCCUUCUUUGGGUGGAAAAGCAAACAUACUGGAUAGCUUCUCGAUUUCUCAUUUUAGGUUUUGAAUUGGAGCUCUAUUCGCUCAGUGAAUAUUGCAUGGUAUAUUGGUAUAUCUAUGUUGUCCUGCUCAAGCUUGCACAGAAAACAAAUCUUAAGAGGGUGUUGUGCAAUGGCAGUGGUAAACGGAAAGGAAAAAAGAAAAGGGAUUCUGUUAAAGAUGUGGCACAAGAUUAUUGGAUUCCACCUGCAGUCUUGUUUCUUCAGUGCCAAAUAUGUCUGGCCGAAGGACUUACAAUGAUGCUUGCUGCUUUGAAGAACGACCACAUGCUUGUACAAAGUGGAAGCCCUUUUAAUACUGAGCAUGAGAGGUUUAUUCAGCACUUUGAGCUCCUACAGAAAGCUUGCAUUCCGGACCAUGUCUCAUUCCCCCUGUUCGUGGAAUCUACAACCCAAGCUCAUUUAUCCAACCUAGUUAUGCACGAUUACUUUAAGGAUGCUCAGAAAAUCGCAAAGAAGGUCAAGAGUAGUUUUUCGAACGACCCAGAAAAAUUGGCUGAACUACGAAGGCUAGAGCAAGUAGCUGAGCACAAUAGCAUUGCCUUAAACGUGAUUAGCCGAGCUGGAGCCAGUGACCCCUCACUCAAGGUUUAUUUCGAGUUCAACCACCAUCCGUGCUUUGCAACGGCUGUUGUCCGAAGGUUGUGAAUGUGACAUUUAACCAUCUCUACCAAUUUUGAAGCACUCGCUCAAUCCAGAGGCGGAGUCUUGUAGCAUAGCACUUGUAAUAUCAAUUUUUCCAGCGUUAUUUUCAACUAUUCAUUUCAUUAAUUUUGUAAUCUCAAUGAAUACACUAUAAAACCAUAAUUAUGUGAGCUCUUGUCCUCCCUCCUUCUCAUCCCCAUUGGGCGGUUCGGGAGCGGUAGGAGGGGCAACGGUAACAGUAUCUCAAAUCAGUAACAUACUGUAAUGUGUUUAUCGUA